CUCCUCCUCCUCCUCCUCCUCCUGCUCCGGCCCUUCCCCCUCCACCACCCCCUGCACACCAUGAAGUAUCUCGAGUUUGAUUCCCUCGAUCGAGUCAAUGCCGACUUUGCUGGACGCCUCGACCUCGGUGGCGAAGCUCGCGUCACCUGUAAGAUCGAAGCCUACAGCUGUAAAGCCGCUACGCAGGACAAAAGAUUGUACAGAAGUCUAGAGUCAAGGUAUAAUCAUGAAGCCACAGCCGUUGCUGCGGCGGCGGCGGCCGCUGCUGCCGCGUCGGCCACCCUCCCCGAGGGUGCUGAGCCGAUUCCCAUCGAGAACAUCUCCCCGCUUGUGGGCGCUGCCUUCAUCCAGAGUGGCUCCGCCGCCGAGGGAUCCCCGGUUCUCAGCUUCUCUGAGGCACCAGCCUCGGGUGCUAAUCCAAUUGAGGAUGGCGAGCUGUCGUGGGAGAUGCGCGACCGCGCGGCUUGGGCUGCGGCCACCGCGGCUUUGUCCACCUCCACCGCCUUUGGGCCCUUGAGCCACCCGGACGGCCGGAAGAUGCUUCAUCGCCUGAUUCUGGUUUUAAAUGCUGCAUACCCGGACUAUGACUUCAGUGGGGUUCGCCCUGAUCAGUUCACCAAGUUGGAUGACCUGGAGCGGGUGCUCAACUCCCUGCAAAUGGCCAUCUCGCCGGAAUCCUCCUUCUCCAUUAGCUCCAUCCUGCCGAAUCUAUCCCCCCCUGCCAGUGCAGCGGGCCAGGGAACCCUGUCUUUUGGCGGAAGCCAGGGCGCCGCCAUGUCUGGAAAUGGACUUUCCAGUGGGCCUCUCGUCUCACCGACCGGGGCCUCGACAGGCAGCAAUGGAGCCUCGGAUGGCGGUCGCUCCCUCGCCUCGUCAAUCCCGAUUGUCACGUCUACCAACAACCUGACCCCCUUCGGUGGCCACAGCCUGUUGGUGGUAACCCCGGGCACUCCGCCGGAGAUCCCCCUCUCCGAUGCGAGCCCAUUCACUCGACUCUGUCUUGCAUUGGAUGAGGCCAUCGGCCUGUCGGACUCGGAGAUCUUCCUGUUCACGCCGGACCCCGAUUCCGACCCAUUGAGUGAUCUGCAGCAUGUCACCACCUGGUCUUAUCACUACUUCUUCUACAGCAAGAAGAAGAAGCGUGUGGUAUACUUGUCGGCCUUCUCGGAAAGCCUGUUGGUCAAGUCGGCCCCGCGUGACGUUGAUCUUGGUGAUUCGGACCUGGAUGUCGACUUUGACAUGGAUGAGGAUGAUUUCCCCACCUACUCCUCGGCCGAUCACAGCUCCCAGGGCCUGCCCCACCAUCACCACCAUCACCACCACUCGGACCGCGAUCAUGGGAGCGGCAAUGGCGGCUCGGCCCCAGGCGGAUUCCGAUAUGCGCCAAAUGGCCGGGGAAGUGGAAGUUACGGCUCCGGCAGCGGUACUGGCCAAGCUGGCGUGUCUGCCUUUGGGUCCUACUCAGGAAAUGCCAGCGGCGCCGCUGCUACUGGCGGUGGCCACAUGCACUCAUUUUCCUUCUCCUCGCAUUCGCUUCCGAGCGACAUGCCUCCGCUGCUCCCGUCAAUGCAGCCCGAUCGCAAUGGGGCGCUCUGGCGCGGAACCGAGGAUGCCGGCAUGACUGGCCAUCACUCAAGUCAACAGCAGCAGCAGCAGCAGCACCACCACCACCGUCCUCGCUCGGGCACGGUGUUCGGCUUUUCCUCCACUGGGCCGCUUGUCCACAAUGGUGGCAGUGGCGGGGACACACGUCUCUGCACUGGUGCCCCGCCCUCACCACCACCCGUUUCCCUGCCACCAGGCGGGAGGAAGCCACGAAGCAGUAGUUUCGGUCGACCUACUGGCCGUGCGGCCGUCGGCAAGUCCACUGCGCGCCUUAACAAUGGCGCGCCGACGGCGGGCUUCAGCGCCGGUGCCGGCCGUGAUCGGUCCAGUCCGGCUCCCUGCGAUGACCCGAUGUCUGCCGCACUUGUUCCCUCCCGCUGAGAGGAGUAACACCCAGGUGUUUACAGCCACCCACCAGUUUGGGUGUGUGUGUGUGUGUGUGU